UACCUCAUUCACUGUCGCUCUCACCAAUCCCAGCCUGUCCAGGGGUGUGGUAGCCGGCUAUCCUCGCGACUUUUGCGGUCCCCUCCUGCCGGCCUGCUCCUGUCGCGAGACUUCCUGCUCCUCCGCCGCUCCCCUUAUCGUCGCCUAGCCGGGGACCCGGACCCAGCCUCUCCCCCACUCGGUCACCGGCCCGGCUCCUCCAAGGCCCCGGUUCCCCCAGCCCCGCUUCGCCGCCGCCAUGGCGGACCCUAAAUACGCCGAUCUCCCCGGCAUUGCCAGGAACGAGCCAGAUGUUUAUGAAACCAGCGACCUACCUGAGGAUGAUCAAGCAGAGUUUGAUGCGGAGGAGCUGAGCAGCACAAGUGUGGAACACAUCAUCGUCAACCCCAACGCUGCCUAUGACAAGUUCAAGGACAAGAGAGUAGGGACAAAGGGGCUUGAUUUCUCAGAUCGCAUUGGAAAGACCAAGAGGACAGGAUAUGAGUCUGGAGACUAUGAAAUGCUUGGAGAGGGUCUGGGAGUAAAGGAGACACCACAGCAGAAGUACCAACGACUACUGCAUGAAGUCCAGGAGCUGACAACGGAGGUGGAGAAGAUCAAGACAACAGUGAAGGAGUCAGCCACUGAGGAGAAGCUCACCCCUGUGGUGCUGGCUAAACAGCUGGCCGCUCUGAAGCAGCAGCUGGUAGCUUCCCACCUGGAGAAGCUUCUGGGACCAGAUGCUGCCAUCAACCUCGCUGACCCAGAUGGAGCCCUAGCUAAGCGCUUACUGCUGCAGCUGGAAGCAACCAAGAGCAGCAAAGGCAGCUCAGGGGGAAAGAGCACAGGUGGCACUCCCCCAGAUAGCAGCCUUGUCACUUACGAACUCCACUCACGGCCUGAGCAGGACAAGUUCUCGCAAGCUGCCAAAGUUGCAGAACUCGAGAAGCGCCUGACAGAGCUGGAGGCCACUGUCCGCUGUGAUCAGGAUGCUCAGAAUCCCCUUUCUGCAGGUCUACAGGGAGCCUGCCUUAUGGAAACGGUAGAACUGUUACAGGCCAAAGUGAACGCCCUGGACCUUGCAGUUCUGGACCAAGUAGAGGCUCGACUGCAGAGUGUCCUGGGAAAGGUGAAUGAGAUUGCUAAGCACAAGGCAUCUGUGGAGGACGCAGACACACAGAAUAAGGUGCACCAGCUCUAUGAGACCAUCCAGCGCUGGAGCCCUGUGGCCUCCACUCUCCCUGAGCUGGUACAGAGACUUGUCACCAUCAAGCAGCUUCAUGAGCAAGCUAUGCAGUUUGGUCAGCUCCUGACACACUUGGAUACCACCCAGCAGAUGAUGGCGAGUUCUCUUAAGGACAAUACUGCCCUCCUGACCCAGUUUCUUAUGGAUGUUCCUCAUCUGAUAGACACCUGGGCCAAACAAACAUAAGGCUUCUCUUCCCCUUUUGUAGGUUCAGACAACGAUGCGUGAAAACUUGGCCACAGUUGAGGGGAAUUUUGCCAGCAUUGAUGCUCGUAUGAAGAAGCUGGGAAAGUGAGCGCCACUGGGAGUUGGGGAGCUGGGGUAACCCUUGCCCCUGAGCUUUGUCAGACACUUCCACAGAGCUUCCCCUUGACCAUACUCAUAGUCCCAUCCCACCUGACAAGGGCAAGGGUUCUUCUUGCAUGUGGGGUGCACACCCUCCCCUGAGGAAGAGUGGGAGCUGGGAGCUAUCACGGGAUGAGGUUGUGGGCCCAGCCACAUGCCAGCUCUUGUCCAGUAAGUGCUUGCCUGCUGUGGGAGAGGACUGGAUCCUGUCCUCACACAGCUCUGUGGCUGAUUCUAAUACUGUACAACCGUCUCUGACCAUUAAAUGAUGUUGUACCGUGGAGACUCUGCUGUGUUUCCUGGAUUUCGAAGAGGCAGCACUGUCAGACGUGCAUACCUAACAAUCCAAGCCACACUAUUAUGAGACUAUUUCAGUUGUAAUCUGUUCUUACCAAAGAACCAAAUAAAAAAUGAGUACAGAGCCAGAA